CCCCAGAUCAGACCUGUGACACAUUUAGAUGUAGACGUCAACCUGCAUUGAAACUAAAAGCGUCCAUGUUCUUCUGCUCCGCGAUGCUGAACAAAUUUCUUUUACUUCUCUGUCUGGCAGGACCUAUUGUUGCCCAAGAACCUCCAGAUGUCGACUGCAUUGUGUUGCAUCUGGAGACUGUUCGCUGUUCCUGGAAUGCGACGGUCAAUUACACCUUCAGUAGCUGGUUCUAUGGUGAAAAUGUCAGAGUGUGUGAGCACCACCUGACACAGAGAGAGAACAACAUAAACAAUGGCUGCAUUCAGCCAUACGAAAACAGGUUCUUGACAUUUUACACACAACUGGGUCAUGGCAACAGUACUUCUGUGAAGGAGCACAAUCUUAUAAACAAAGUUAAGUUAAAUCCACCGACCAACCUGACAGUUCAGAAUGGAUCCGACUCAAAUCUGUGGUUUUACUGGAAUCAGACUUCUCCACACUGUGUGGAAAAUGAGGUUCGCUACAGAAUCAAUUACAAGAAGUGGAACACUUACUUGGUCAUUCCUGGGAAGCAAAGUUACUGCAUCAACUUACCCUCCAGCCGUUCCCAGUAUGAGCUUCAAGUGAGGAGCAAAAUGGAAAAAACUUGUGGGAAGUCUGACUUCUGGAGCGAUUGGAGCGAGUCUGUGGUGUGGGGAUCCAACAAAGGCACUGAAGCCGAUCAAGCACAGAGCUCCAUGUUUGUGUGGAUAAUUGUGUACGUUUUGCCUCCAGUCACACUUGCCCUAAUGGUCAUACUUUUGCUGAAAUACGAGUGGUUUAGAAUCCGCUUCAUUCAUGUGGUACCCAAGCCAUUCCUGAUCCUGCAAGACAUUGAGACUUGGCUUCAAAUCUCCAAAGGCUUUAAAGAAGGUUUAAAGACCAACUACCAUGAACACGCCUGCCCUGUUCGCGAAUACUGCCAAGACUCCGAGUUUGACAGCCAGAGCUCCGAUGGUUCCACCUCCUCCUUCAACACUGAACAAACUGACUACUCCCUCUCCCUCCCUGGUGACACCUCCCACUCCUGUUCCAGCACCACUGUCCCCACCGCCUCCACUGAGGAGUUUCUGAUUUCUGAUUAGAAGGAAUAUUAAAGUCUUGAGUUGAGUUUCCCGUACGUUCUUGAGGGUUACAGUACUAGGUUAGGGUUCCAUGGCGGUCUAUCCUGGAAGUGCGUCAGCAGUUUCUAAGCAAAAAAUGUAACGGUCAGACCAGGAAAUUAAGGAAGUAAAACCACUGCUUCCCUGUGCUUGCUUCUCACUUCAUUUACUUCUCCUGCAUAUAUCACUUUACUUUUUUUAAUAAACUCACAACUCAAGUCACAAAAUGCUCCAAA